AUGGAAAAUUCAGAAUCUUCUGUAAAAGGCAAUUUUUUUGAGAAUCAGGAAAUGGAUACUGAAAUCCAGCUAGAUAAGGAAAGUUUACAGGUGAUUUUGGAGGAAGGAGAGAAUUUCUACCCUUUGUUAGAAAGUUCUAUUGAAGAUGAAAUGGCAGGCAGCAAAGUUUCUCCUUGUUCGUUUAUGGACAAAUUUAAACAGUUUCACGAAUCUAAGGUCAAGUCGAUGAAUUUGGAGCAGAUAGAAGACUAUUGCAAAGAAUUUGUGGAGGCCUUACAGAAUGGAAAGUGA